AUGGGCAUGUUUGAUUUGGAGGAGCAGUUUACUUUCUACGGAGCUUACCACAACAACCCCAUCAACAUUGCUCUGCACACGGUCUUUGUUUGGCCAAUCCUCUUCACAGCUCUGCUUCUUUUGAAUUUCACACCGCCUUUAUUCUCUCAAUCCCCAAUUCUUUUGCUGGGCCAGAGUUUCUUGGUCCUCAAUUACGGCUUCUUGUCCACUUUGAUUUAUGCUCUGUAUUAUGUGAGUUUGGACAAAAAAGCUGGCUCUUUGGCUGCUUUCAUGUGUUUCCUGUGUUGGGCUGGAAGCAGUUUUCUCGGUCAUCGCCUCGGCUUUGCUUUGGGUUGGAAG